AUGAAGUGGGCUUUCUCCAGUACGGUGCUGGCGCUUUUCGCAACCACAGCCACGGCCUGGCCUUACGACGAAUCUCUAUCCUCAUAUAACCUUAACGAAAACAAGUCCGCGACCAACCCGGCCCAAUAUUGGGGAGAAUGGCCGGACCACAAGGGGAAAUACUUCCCUUCUCCCGACAAUUGGCGGUUUCCCAUGUAUACACUGUUCAUGGAUCGCUUUGUCAACGGAGAUCCUACGAAUGACAACAUUAAUGGCACCCUCUUCGAGCAUGACAUCUCCUCGACACAAAUGCGUCAUGGUGGAGAUGUAGCUGGUCUAGUCGAUACUUUGGAUUAUCUUCAGGGAAUGGGUAUCAAGGGGCUGUAUCUUGCAGGAACUAUCUUGAUGAACCAGCCCUGGGGCUCCGAUGGUUAUUCCGCACUCGAUACGACACUACUAGAUCAACACUUUGGUGACAUUGCAACAUGGCGUAACGCUAUUGACGAAAUUCAUAAGCGCGGCAUGUAUGUCAUCUUCGAUAACACGAUUGCUACGAUGGGUGAUCUCAUCGGCUUUGAGGGCCAUCUGAAUGAUACAACCCCGUUUUCGACCAAGGAGCAUAAAGCGCUUUGGAAGACCAAUCGUCACUAUGUGGAUUUCGAUCUCGGAAACGACUAUAAUCAGACCUGCGACUAUCCCCGUUUCUGGUACGAGGACGGUUAUCCAGUUCAACAGUCCAUGACGGCGGGCCUAGUUGGUUGUUAUGACAGUGACUUUGAUCAGUAUGGCGAUAUUGAGGCUUUCGGCGUGUUCCCCGAUUGGCAACGUCAGCUAGCAAAAUUCGCAUCCGUCCAGGAUCGUCUGCGAGAAUGGCACCCCUCGGUCCGGGAGCGGUUGAUUCGUCACUCCUGUAUGAUCAUCUACCAGUUGGAUAUCGACGGUUUCCGUUACGAUAAGGCUACCCAGUCCACCGUGGAUGCGCUGGGAGAUAUGUCGAUGGCUUAUCGCGAAUGCGCCCGGGCUGUUGGCAAGGAGAAUUUCUUCAUCUCCGGUGAAAUCACUGGUGGUAACACUUUCGGUUCUAUCUAUUUGGGUCGAGGCAGACAGCCUAACCAGUAUCCGGAGACGGCGGAGAAGGCCAUGAAGAUGACAAACGAGUCCGAGUCGCAAUACUUUUUGCGUGAGGCUGGACAUGAGGCGAUCGACGCCGCAGCCUUCCACUAUUCGACCUACCGUGCUCUGACUCGUUUCUUGGGCAUGGACGGUAAUUUGGCCGCCGGUUACGAUGUUCCUGUUGAUUGGGUCGAUGCGUGGAAUUUGAUGCUGCAGUCAAACGACUUCAUUAACCCUAACACAGGCAAAUUUGACCCCCGCCAUAUGUUUGGCGCCACCAACCAGGAUGUUUUCCGCUGGCCAACAGUCGAAAAGGGUGUGGAGCGGCAGUUGCUUGGGCUGUAUAUCACAACGUUGCUUCUUCCGGGCAUUCCCCUCCUUCUCUGGGGCGAGGAACAGGCAUUCUACAUCCUGGAUGCGACGGCAUCUAAUUAUAUCUACGGCCGCCAAGCAAUGUCCCCUGCAACUGCGUGGAGAGACCAUGGCUGCUUUUCUUUGGAUUCGUCCCAGUACUAUGAGUGGCCUAUCAAGGCUGGUCGUGAAGGUUGCCAUGAUCCAACCGCCGCGUACGAUCAUCGUGACCCAUCCCACCCGGUGCGCAACGUCAUUAAGCAUAUGUACCAGAUGCGCGAAGACUUCCCGGUGUUGAAUGAUGGCUACUCCAUCCAGAAACUCUCCAACAUGACCGAGGAGGUCUUCUACACAGGUUCCAACGGUACCGCUACAGAGACGGGUUUGUGGUCUAUCCUACGUGAUGUCAAUGCGGAUGUGCAGGAUCUAGGCUCCAACGCGAAAAACCAGCCGGUUUGGCUCGUCUACCACAACACCAACCGUACAAUUGACUAUAAGUUCGAUUGCAAGGACAACGAGACCGCUCUGAUCUCGCCUUUCGCCACUGGCACCAAAGUUAAAAAUCUGUUCUAUCCCUAUGACGAGCACACCUUGAUUGAUGGCCCCGUCAAGCUUGGGCUGAAUGGAUCUAGCGAGCUCAACGGCUGCCUGGCCAACAUGACCUUGGACGCCUAUGCGUUCCGCGCCUACGUCCCCAGUACGCGUUUCGGCAAACCCCGGCCCAUGAUCACCCAGUUUACUCCCGGUCACGACGUCCCUGUUCGUUCCACCGUGGCUCCCAACCUGGAUGAAAGCGUGAAGAUUGAGCUCUAUUUCUCCGAAGAGAUGGACUGCGAUUCCGUGACCAAAUCAAUCUCCAUCAGCUCUUCUACGGAAUCCCAAAAGGUCCCCACCCUUGAUGAGAAGACUGUUGAUUGCAAGGGAAUUCCAGCAAGCAACACCUCGUGGACCGGGCAGCUCCCGAGCGUCUUCAUGUGGGCUGCCAAUCUGACGGGAGUGUACAAUGGCAUUCACCGAGUCACGGUUAAGAAUGCUAGCAGUACUCAUGGAAACGCGACAACAAACGCGGUCGACCACUUCCUCUUCCGUAUCGGACAAAUUGACAAUCCCAUGGUCUUCACUUCCGCCAACUAUUCCAGUAGUUUGCUCCAUGAGGAAUCGAAUGGCACCCUGUUCAUUCAGCAUCACGCCGCAGGCGCUGAUAAGUGGCGUUAUUCCACCAAUUGGGGAACCACGUUCUCCGAUUGGCAGACUUACACAGGAGGUAAUGACACCAUCACGGAGUUAGAAUGGUCUGGAACCAAGAAACAGAAAUGGAAGGGACACCAUGUGCGGGUCGAGUAUUGGAGCAAAUGGACCGGUAGCAGCGAUUACGUUCAGGAGGGUGAUGCUGGACUGGAUUCAAAUGUGCCACGUCGCCUCCCUCACAUCUUCUUCAACGGCCCUUACAAUCAGUACGGAUAUGAUGGUGGUCUGGAUAACGUGGUAAGGCAGGACUCCAAGGACGGAAUCUGGAAGUACCACUUUACAGCGGAAUGGCCUGCUCAAGCUCAGCUGAACAUCUGGGGCAUGAACCCGGAUGGACAGCCCGAUCAAAGCUGGGUACUGGGUGAUGCCGAUAACGAUUCUGUUCUCGAUCGAAUGCCACCCUCCUCUCUGUCUGCAACCCUGAUCAACAUCACUGAGCACCCGCCUAAGCCUUAUCUGGCCUGGAAUGUCUAUAUCAACGAUGCCACCAUGAAGUUCCAGCUUUUCCCUGUUGGGCACCAGAACACCCAGAUCGCCAUGUUUGUUCUCUUCUGGAUUAUCCCUGUCAUCACUGGUGCGGCAUGUGUAUACAUCUUCAUGAAGUCUUUCUACAAGGUCAAGUUCAACCAGAUCGGUGUCAGUGAAAAGGCCACUAUAAUCCCCUUGGCUUUGCGAAGGAAGUUCAAAAGGAACCGUGGCGGCGAUGAGGAAAAGAUGAACCCCUUGAUGCGCCUGGCCAACAAGUCCGGUUUCCUGCAGACCAACACCGCUAUUGGCGGCGCCGCUUCUGGCAAGAGACGUAUGGUUCUCAUUGCGACAAUGGAGUAUGAUAUCGAGGAUUGGCAGAUUAAGAUCAAGAUUGGUGGUCUCGGUGUCAUGGCCCAGCUUAUGGGUAAAACUCUGGGACAUCAAGACCUAAUCUGGGUUGUUCCCUGUGUCGGCGGAGUCGAUUACCCAGUGGAUACACCGGCAGAGCCCAUGAAUGUCACGAUUCUCGGUAACUCCUAUGAAGUUCAGGUCCAGUACCAUGUCUUGAACAACAUUACCUACGUUCUGCUAGACGCCCCUGUGUUCCGCCAGCAAUCGAAGUCCGAACCCUACCCAGCCCGUAUGGAUGACCUCAACAGUGCCAUUUACUACUCCGCCUGGAAUCAGUGUAUUGCGGAGGCAUGCAAGCGAUUCCCGAUCGACCUGUACCAUAUCAACGAUUACCACGGUUCUCUGGCUCCACUCUAUCUUCUUCCCGACACUGUACCGGCCUGUCUCUCCCUUCACAACGCGGAAUUCCAGGGUCUCUGGCCAAUGCGUACGCAGAAAGAAAAGGAGGAGGUGUGCUCCGUCUUCAACCUGGAUAUUGAUACCGUCAGACGCUAUGUGCAGUUCGGUGAGGUUUUCAACUUGCUCCACUCAGGUGCUAGUUAUCUUCGUGUUCACCAGCAGGGUUUCGGUGCCGUCGGUGUGUCCAAGAAGUACGGAAAGCGGUCCUACGCCCGUUAUCCCAUUUUCUGGGGUCUGAGAAAGGUUGGCAACCUGCCUAACCCCGAUCCUUCGGAUGUGGGAGAAUGGAGCAGGGAAAAGGCUAUUGGUAACGCCGACGAGGUUCAUGUGGAUCCUGACUAUGAAGGUGGCAGAGGAGAUCUCAAACGCCAGGCUCAGGAAUGGGCUGGCCUUGAAGUCAACCCUGAUGCUGAUCUAAUGGUCUUCGUUGGUCGUUGGUCCAUGCAGAAAGGUGUUGAUCUAAUCGCCGAUGUGAUGCCAGCUGUUCUUGAGGCUCGGCCUAACGUGCAGGUGAUUUGUGUUGGACCUGUUAUCGACCUUUACGGUAAAUUCGCCGCCCUGAAGUUAGACCAUAUGAUGAAGGUUUACCCUGGACGUGUGUUCUCGAGACCUGAAUUCACCGCUCUUCCGCCGUAUAUCUUCUCUGGUGCUGAAUUUGCGCUUAUUCCUUCUCGUGACGAGCCCUUUGGUCUGGUCGCCGUCGAGUUCGGCCGUAAGGGAGCCCUGGGUAUUGGUGCCCGUGUCGGUGGUCUUGGUCAGAUGCCUGGUUGGUGGUAUAACGUUGAAUCUACUGCGACAUCUCAUCUUCUGUACCAGUUCAAGCUUGCCAUUGACGCAGCACUCAACUCCAAACAGGAGACCAGAGCCAUGAUGCGUGCCCGUUCUGCUAAACAGCGAUUCCCCGUCGCCCAAUGGGUCGAGGAUUUGGAGAUCCUGCAAACCACUGCAAUCCAAGUGCACAACAAGGAACUGGUUAAGCAUAACGGCCGUCCGUUCACUCCUACUGGAACAACUACUCCUAGUGGCCUCAUGACUCAACCAGCGAGCCCUCUCAUGACUCCGGGAACGCAGACUCCUCUUGCUCAUUCUAGGGAAAGCAGCUACUCGAACCUCAACCGUUUAAGUGAAUAUGUUACCCAGCCGAAGACUAGCUACAGCAGAGAUCCCAGUCCGAGUGGCACGGAGAAGCCGAAGUCAGGGCUUCAGCGACAACUUUCACUUGGUGUUCGGUCCGGUCCCGGUCAUCAGAGCCGUCGUGGUCGCGCUCGCCAGCGUGACAGUAUCCCAGAACACGAGGACACCCAGGAAGCCCACGGUGGCGCCAUUACUGAUGUUGAGGAAGAAAGCAGUGAUGACGACAUUGUCAAUCAUUAUGCGGACGACGAGUAUACUCUUACGCCUGCGCAAGUCGAAGAAGGCCGCAGGCUACAGGCUGCCCAGCAACAGAGUGGUGUGCGCAUGCCAUUGAGUCCAGGUGGUAGACGUUACAGCCAGGACUCCUUGCACCCCAGAAAUGUUCAGCCUCCUUCAAGUCCCGGAACACCCCCAGCCGCUUCCCAGAGUCUCCUUCCUCCUCCUCGGCUCCUCGACCCCGGCAGCCGUCUCAGUAGCGCAUCCGUUCUUUCCCUCGACUCCGUCGUCGGUGGCAAGAAGGACUUCAAGCUGCAGAAGGUUGAUCCGUUCUUCACCGAUAGCACCGGCGAGUAUUACAAGGCCUUCGAUAAGAGACUUGAUGACCUCAAUGGAACAAACUCGGAGUCGCAACUGUGUAUUGAAGAAUACUUGAUCAAGAGUGAAAAGGAAUGGUUCGAUAAAUUCCGUGAUGCCAGGCUUGGUCGCACCAAAUCACCGACUCCCUCAGUCUACCGUGAUAAGCACGGCGCGUCACCUAUCGGCUCGUUCUACGAUGACAACGGCUCCCGCAUGAGUGGUAGCGACGGCCAGCACUCCCAGGACAGUGAAGACGACGAGUUCCUCCUCGGAAAGGACUAUGUCCCUCCCACUGGUCUCAAGAAGUGGAUGCAGAUUCGCAUCGGCGACUGGCCUAUCUACUCCUUGUUCCUCGCUUUAGGACAGAUUAUUGCUGCCAACUCGUACCAGAUCACAUUGCUCACGGGUGAGGUCGGUCAAACUGCCGAGAAACUGUAUGGAAUUGCAACCACGUAUCUAAUCACGUCGAUUCUCUGGUGGCUUGUGUUCCGCUAUUUCAAAUCUGUUGUCUGUCUGUCUGCGCCAUGGUUCUUGUACGCCAUUGCCUUCAUUUUCAUUGGAUCCGCCCAUUUUGAGAGCCACUCUUUCAGUCGGGGAUGGAUUCAGAAUGUCGGUAGCGGGUUUUACGCCGCGGCCUCGUCUAGUGGUUCUUUCUUCUUCGCGCUGAACUUCGGUGAUGAAGGUGGUGCACCUGUGGAAACAUGGAUCUUCCGUGCAUGCCUGAUCCAGGGUAUCCAGUCUGCCUAUGUUAUUGCUCUCUGGUAUUGGGGUUCGACCCUGUCACAGACACAAAGCGAAGGCCUCUUGACUCCGGCGAACAAUAUCGCCAACUCCUGGAAGAUGAGUGCUAUCUGCUACCCCAUUGCCGUCGCCCUUUUCGGAAUUGGCUUGCUUUUGACAUUCGGUCUGCCCAACUAUUAUCGUCAAACGCCUGGAAAGGUCGCUUCCUUCUACAAGUCUGUGUUCCGUCGUAAGAUCGUCCUCUGGAACUUCGUCGCGGUCAUCCUCCAGAACUUCUUCCUCAGCGCCCCCUACGGCCGCAACUGGCAGUUCCUCUGGACAUCUCACCACGCACAUCACUGGCAAAUCGUUAUCCUUUGUGUUGUUUUCUACGGCUUCGUCUGGGCAGGUUUCCUAUUCGUCGUCAGUCGCUACUUCAAAUCACACAGUUGGUUCCUCCCCGUGUUCGCCUGCGGCCUUGGAGCACCCCGCUGGGCACAAAUCUGGUGGGGUGUGUCUGGAAUUGGCUACUACCUUCCUUGGGUGGCAGGAGGAUAUAAUGGCGGUGCGCUCGUCUCCCGGAGUGUCUGGCUCUGGCUCGGCGUGCUGGACUCGAUCCAGGGUCUCGGCUUCGGUAUCAUCCUCUUGCAAACCUUGACUCGCAUGCACAUGCUUUUCACGCUUGUUUGUUCCCAAGUCCUUGGUUCUAUCGCUACUAUUUGCGCGAGAGCCUUCGCCCCUAAUAAUUUGGGCCCCGGGCCGGUUUCGCCUGAUCCUACCUUCGGUGGUAGCGCGGUUGCGAAUGCCUGGUUCUGGGUUGCUCUGUUUUGUCAGUUGUUGGUCUGUGCCGGUUACAUCCUCUUCUUCCGGAAAGAACAGCUGUCAAAGCCUUAA